CCAGUAGUGACGUCACAUCUGAUGGCGCUAUCGUGUAAGCGGGUGGAGUCACACGCAAGCAAAGGGGAGCGAUUGCCAAAUGAAUGAGGACCGGCCCGCCGCAAAGAGGGUCCAUUCGUCAGCGACGCUGUGACACCAUGCAUCACCUGAUGACCACGGCGGCCGCCAGGCUGCGACCUCUGACCGCUGUGGUGUCUGUCAGGACGCACUGUGGGUCCAGAACCUGGCCCGUCCAGCCGCACCGCAGGAUGCUUCAGUCAUCGAGCCGCCACAAGUCAUCCGUGGCGGCGGAACCGUUUCUUCACGGCGGCGGCAACUACAUGGAGGAGAUGUACCGGACCUGGCUGGAUGAUCCCAGCAGCGUUCACAAGUCCUGGGAUGUUUUUUUUCGUAACGCCGAAACCGGCGCUGCGCCUUGCUCCGCCUACCGCAGCCCAUCACCUCUGCAGGGGACACUUCCAGGCCAGGCCACCGUGGCGGCGCCACUGAGCAUCGGCGACCCACAUUUGGAGAAGCUGGUGGGCGAUCACCUGGCGGUCCACACGCUCAUUCGAGCGUACCAGGUGCGAGGACAUCACAUCGCCAAGCUGGACCCUCUGGACAUCAGCUGUGUGGACCUGGAUGAUGCCCCCUGCAGCAUCGGCUCACACGAUCUUGGUUCCUAUGGUCUGAACGAGUCUGAUUUGGACAAAGUGUUCCGUCUUCCGAAGACCACGUUCAUUGGUGGAAGUGAGGACUCGCUGACGCUACGGGAGAUCAUGCGCCGCCUGGAGGCGGCAUACUGCCAGCACAUCGGUGUGGAGUUCAUGUUCAUCAACGACGUUCAGCAGUGCCAGUGGAUCCGACACAAGUUUGAGAGCCCGGGUAUCCUGCACUUCAGCGCGGAGGAAAAGCGGACCCUGCUGGCCAGGAUGGUCCAGUCCACCAGGUUUGAGGAGUUCCUGCAGAGGAAGUGGUCUUCAGAGAAACGUUUUGGCCUGGAAGGAUGCGAGUCCCUCAUCCCGGCCCUCAAGACCAUCAUAGACCAGUCCAGCAGCAGCGGCGUGGAGAGCGUCAUCAUGGGGAUGCCGCACAGAGGGAGACUCAAUGUUCUGGCCAACGUGAUCCGCAAAGAACUGGACCAGAUCUUCUGCCAGUUUGAUCCGAAGCUGGAGGCAGCCGACGAGGGUUCUGGUGACGUCAAGUACCACCUGGGCAUGUUCCACAAGAGGAUGAACCGCCUCAGCGACAAGAUGGUCACGCUGUCACUCAUGGCUAACCCCUCCCACCUGGAGGCCGUGGACCCCGUGGUGCAGGGGAAGACCAAAGCUGAGCAGUUCUACAGCGGAGACUCAGAGGGCAAGAAGGUCAUGUCCAUCCUGAUUCACGGUGACGCCGCCUUCGCCGGGCAGGGCGUUGUCUACGAGACCUUCCAUCUCUCGGACCUGCCCUCCUACACCACGCACGGCACCGUGCACGUUGUGGUCAACAACCAGAUCGGCUUCACUACAGAUCCAAGGAUGGCUCGCUCGUCCGCAUAUCCCACCGACGUGGCUCGUGUGGUCAACGCUCCCAUCUUCCACGUCAACGCCGACGACCCCGAGGCGGUGACGUACGUGUGCAAGGUGGCGUCGGAAUGGAGGAACACCUUCCACAAAGACGUGGUGGUGGACCUGGUGUGCUACAGACGCAACGGCCACAACGAGAUGGACGAGCCCAUGUUCACGCAGCCGCUCAUGUACAAGCGCAUCAAGAAGCAGAAGGGCGUCUUGCUGACGUAUGCGGAGAAGCUCAUGGGCGAGGGCGUGGUCACCAUGCAGGAGUACCAGGAGGAAGUGGCCAAGUAUGACAAGAUCUGCGAGGACGCUUAUGCUCGCUCCAAAGAUGAGAAGAUCCUGCACAUCAAACACUGGCUGGACUCUCCUUGGCCUGGUUUCUUCACAGCAGACGGCCGUCCUAAAACCAUGACCUGUGAUUCCACGGGCCUGAGUGAAGAGCAGCUGGUCCAUAUUGGACGGGUGGCAGCCUCCGUCCCCGUGGAAGGCUUCACCGUCCACACGGGGCUGAGUCGCGUCCUGAAGGCACGGGCGGACAUGUUGAGGCAGCGAGCAUGUGACUGGGCGUUGGGUGAAUACAUGGCGUUGGGCUCGCUGCUCCAACAAGGCGUCCACGUCCGUCUCAGCGGCCAGGACGUGGAGCGAGGCACCUUCAGCCAUCGCCAUCACGUCCUUCACGACCAAAAUGCGGACAAGAAGACGUGCGUCCCCAUGAACCACAUCUCCCCCGACCAAGCCACCUACACCGUCUGCAACAGCUCGCUGUCCGAGUACGGCGUCCUGGGCUUCGAGUUAGGCUUCGCCAUGGCCAAUCCCAACGCACUGGUUCUGUGGGAGGCCCAGUUUGGAGACUUCCAUAACACGGCUCAGUGCAUCAUCGACCAGUUCAUCAGCUCGGGUCAGGCCAAGUGGUUCCGACAGAACGGCAUUGUGUUGCUGCUGCCGCAUGGCAUGGAGGGGAUGGGUCCAGAACAUUCGUCCGCCCGCCCUGAAAGAUUCCUGCAGAUGUGCAAUGACGACCAAGACGUGUUCCCGAACGAGCGUGAGGACUUCGCCGUGCGGCAGCUGUACCGCUGCAACUGGAUGGUGGUCAACUGCUCCACCCCUGCAAACUACUUCCAUGCUCUCCGCCGCCAGAUCCUGCUGCCCUUCAGGAAGCCGCUGAUCGUGUUCACACCCAAGUCGCUGCUGCGCCACCCUGACGCCAGGUCCAAUUUGGACCACAUGCUACCAGGCACACACUUCAGGCGUGUGAUCCCAGACGAGGGUCCGCCGGCCACCCAGCCCCCCAACGUGAAGAGACUCAUCUUCUGCAGUGGAAAGAUCUACUACGAUCUGGAACGCGAGCGCAAGAACCGAGGCAUGGACGCCGCUGUGGCACUGGUCCGCGUGGAGCAGCUGUCGCCGUUCCCCUUCGACCUGGUGAAGGCGGAAACGGAGCGCUACGCCAACGCAGACGUGGUUUGGUGUCAGGAAGAGCACAAGAAUCAGGGUUACUAUGACUACAUCAAGCCCCGCCUCCAGACCACUGUCGGCCACACCCGCCCGGUCUGGUACGCCGGCCGCGACCCCGCCGCCGCUCCAGCCACAGGAAACAAACACACACACCUGACGGAGCUGCAGCGUCUACUCAACACGGCCUUUGACCUGGACUUGGCGAGAAACAACCCGAACAAGCUGUAAAGACUCCUAAAUGACCUCUAGCGACCUCAGGGCCAUCAGGGACCAGACUGAUGUCCUCCAAGGCAGCGUGGCUGUCAUCCUGUGAAUGUGAACUGAAGUGGGAGUAAAGAGCGUUACCGUGGAAACCUCAGGGAGAACAUAAACAAAUGUACCUUGUGUGAUAACUCAACCAUUACUGUCCGAGCAAAGUCCAAGUCAUGACUAGUACGAGCUGCGUCUUAUUGUUGUGAUGACCUCCACCUACAAUGCUGACUUGGCGUCAGCCAGUUCAAAGGUCAACCAGUGAAAAGGUGCGGUGCUCGUCAUAAAUAAAGGACAAUCUAAAUUUACUGUCAUCAUCAAAUAAACACCAACCUCACCUUUCACCUCCGGCGGAAUGGACGUGUCAUCCACACCGUUUGGUGUUGAAGAAUAGGGACGUGAUGUAGUUUAGCCUUGAGACACCAGAGGGCAGCAUCGAGCCAGACCACGCAAGCAGCAGCUAGAUUGGGAAUGUAAUCCAAUUGUAAAGUAUAUGCUUAUUUGAUAAUGAUGAUCAACAUUAGAUAUGAUCUGUCCAGACAAAAAUAUCCUAGCGUACCUGAACGCCUCUGUAGUAUACAUAGUAUAUAUUACACAGGCCGACCGGGUGUAUUCUGUAUUAUGCUUAUUGUCAGAGGAGUAUUUUAAUAUAAAUAUUAACCAGGUUUCUUUCGUUACACCGAUACUAACAUUUUUUGUCUUGUUGUGUUCUUUCACUCCCUCCUAUGCUCCCUUCCCAACCUCCUCGCUCCCGUUCUCCUUCCUUUUGCUCCCUUACUCCCCUCCC